GGCUACACACAGCCGCCGCAGCUUUUGUUCAGAGCUCUCGAAGAGUUAGGGCAUACACAAUGGAGACGGCCAGGGGAUCGGAGCAGUGUGGAGAAGAUACGGCGAUGACGACACCCUGUACGACCGAUGGCCGGAAUGCUGUAACUCCACCGGCUGCGUUACCGGCGCCAGGAAUUCUUGAAGACGGCAACACAGUUCAUCCAAGUUUGGUGGGAACAAGUCAGCGGAUACCCAUGCGGACAAUUGGUGAACAUGAGCAGGACACACCACACAUUCUCCAAAGCCAUGAUGAUAGUAUAGAUCAACGAUUGGUACCGAAGGUGGGUAUGACAUUUAGUAAUGUGGACGAGGCGUACAAAUUCUAUAGCCGAUAUGCAUAUGAAGUUGGAUUUCCAUUGAAGAGAUAUAGGGAGAGAAAAAAUUGCAAGUGGUUGAAUUGUUCAAUGGAAGGCAAGCGUGCCGAAAGAGGAAAUGGUACUCCAAAAGUGCGAAAUACAAUUUCCAAGCGAACACAAUGCAGAGCUGGAAUGAAACUUAAAAAAAUCUAUGACGAUGCCAAAGAGAAUAUCAUUUCAGUGCGGAUUGAUCUUAUUCAUUUGGAACAUAAUCAUGAGUUCUUCAGAAAGGAUACAGAAAAGAAUCAGUUACAGUGCAACAAGACACAUGAUCCAGAAUACAUGGAGUUCCUUAGUGCGAUGCAAGAAAGCAGGAUUCCGCAACACUGUAUUAUGGAUUUUGUUUCAGAAAUGCAUGGUGGACCAGAGAAUGUACCGUUAACUACACAAGACAUGAUCAACCUGAAGAAAGCGCGACAAAGAGAAAGAAAUGCCAAUGAUGUGUCUAAGCUCCUAUCUUUUUUUGCAUUAUGUAAAAAAGAUAACCCACAGUUUUUCUCUGACUUCCAACUAGACCAAGAAGGAAAGAUUUUGAGCAUUUUUUGGUCCCAUGCUAGCCAGCAAGCAGAUUACAUUGACUUUGGAGAUGCAGUUACCUUUGAUACAACUCAUAAGACAAAUCUAUAUGACAAACCCCUGGGAAUGUUUGUUGGUUGUAACCACCAUCUGCAGUGCACCGUAUUUGGUUUCACAUUGUUGGGUGACGAAACUGUAGACACAUUCGAGUGGGUUUUCAAUGCAUUCAAAACAUGCAUGGGAGCUGAAGGACCACGAGUAAUGCUUACAGAUCAAGAUCCAGCAAUGCCAGUUGCACUAGGCAGGAUUUGA